CACACAGAGAUACGUACGCACGCACGCUCUCUCUCUCUCUCUCACACACACACCCCUCAGCACCGGUGAUGCAUCCCCGCGGCAAGGGCACGGCCAAGUCCUCCUCAGAACCGCCUCCACGUUAGAAUGGUGCAGAAAUCUCUGAACGGCGGGGUUUACCCAACUCAAGCCGGGGAGAAGAAGCCCAAAGUCGGGUUCGUCGGCUUGGACCCGGGCGCUCCCGAAUCCACCAGGGACGGGGCGCUGCUCAUCGCCGGCUCGGAGRGCUCCAAGCGCGGCAGCAUCCUCAGCAGACCCAGGUCCAGCAUCUCCUGCGGGAGACCCAGACCGUCGAAGAAAAGCGCCAGCUACCGGAAACUCCAGAAUUUCCUCUACAACGCGCUGGAGAGACCGCGGGGCUGGGCGUUCAUCUACCACGCUUAUGUCUUCUUCUUGGUCUUCUCCUGUCUCAUCCUCUCUGUCUUUGCUACCAUCAAAGAGCACAAAGACAAGUCAGAGAAUGCCUUGUACAUCUUGGAAUUUGUGACCAUCGUGGUGUUCGGAGUAGAGUACAUUGUUCGGAUAUGGUCUGCUGGUUGUUGCUGUCGGUACAGAGGAUGGAGGGGGAGGCUAAAAUUCGCCAGAAAGCCUUUCUGUGUCAUAGACAUCAUGGUGCUGAUCGCUUCAGUGUCUGUACUGGCAGCGGGGUCUCAGGGGAAUGUUUUUGCCACUUCGGCCAUCAGAAGUCUGAGGUUCCUGCAGAUCCUGCGCAUGCUGCGCAUGGAUCGCCGCGGAGGCACCUGGAAACUCCUGGGAUCUGUGGUUUACGCCCACAGCAAGGAGCUCAUCACAGCCUGGUAUAUUGGCUUUCUGUGCCUCAUCCUGGCUUCUUUCCUGGUUUAUUCUGUGGAAAAGGAAUCAAACGACGAGUUCGAGACAUAUGCUGAYGCUCUGUGGUGGGGACUGAUCACGCUCACCACCAUCGGUUAUGGCGAUAAAGUUCCCAAAACCUGGAACGGGCGCAUGAUCGGAGCUGCGUUCUGUAUGAUCGGCGUGGCUUUCUUUGCUCUUCCUGCUGGCAUUCUAGGUUCUGGCUUUGCCCUCAAAGUCCAGGAGCAGCACAGGCAGAAACAUUUUGAGAAGAGACGGAACCCUGCAGCCGGCCUCAUCCAGGCUGCUUGGAGGUUUUAUGCCACCAACCUUUCCCGCACAGACCUGCUGAGCACCUGGGAUUUUUACGAGCAGACCGUGGCCGUUCCAAUGUACAGAGUUAUUCCRCCUCUGAAUCAGUUGGACCUUCUGAGGAACCUGAAGAGCAAGUCAUUCAGGAAGGACUCGCAGGCAGAAACCUCUCCCAGUAGUGAAAAUGCACACAAAGACAGACUUUGUGGGUGCUGCCCGAGAACUAUUAGUCGGAAGGCCAGYAUGAAGGACAAGGUGUUUCCCAGUCCUUCCAAAACUCCCAUGGUUAAGGGGAAGGCUCUCUCUCCGGGGGCGGAGGAUGGGGCCGACGCGAKUCCCAGCAAGGUCUCCAAGAGCGGGAGCUUCAACGAGAAGAACCGAGGGCAGAAGCACUCCCUCAAAGUCCGGGGCAGCACCUCGCGCCAAAACUCAGAUGUGCUGAUUGAAAUGCAGGACGACGACUUUGGACUGAAGCGUUCUCCAGCAAUUGAAGGUUUAAUAAAGGCAAGCCUUCCAGGAGAAGAAAUGGGUGAUGAUAAGAGCUGCCAUUGUGAGUUUUUUACCCAAGAAUUACCUCCAGGAUUGAAAGUUACAAUACGAUCAAUUUGCGUCAUGAAGUUCUUGGUGUCGAAGAGGCGGUUCAAAGAGAGCUUGCGGCCGUAUGAUGUCAUGGACGUGAUUGAACAGUACUCUGCGGGCCACCUGGACAUGCUGUCACGCAUUAAAAACCUGCAGGCCAGGAUAGAUAUGAUUGUUGGGCCCCCUCCCCCAACAACACCUCGCCAUAAGAAGUCCACUGAAGGUCCUAGAGUCGACCAGAUAGUCGGUAAAGGUCCUAAAGUUGACGGGGACGCUGCAGACGACCAGAGCAUGAUGGGACGUUUAGUGAAAGUGGAAAAACAGGUGGUUUGCAUGGACAGGAAACUCGAUUUCUUGGUCAACGCGUACGUCCAGCGUAUGGGCAUCACUCACUCAGAAACAGAGGCCUUUUUCAACUCCAAAGAGCCGUAUCCAGCUCCACCUUACCACAGCCCAGAGGAGACCAAGGAGGAGAAGGAAGGAGCAGAGGAAGUGAAGGAGGAAAAGAAGGUGAAGACAUCCUCAGCGGAUGCUCUGUGUUCUGAUGAAUCUCUGGAAAAGAAAGAUCCUCUACUUGGUCAGUCUGUGGCGAGAUCAGUGGGCACUCCAUCUGGCAGCAACAGCAACAGCCGCCCCUCGACGUCCUGGCAGCACCAGCUGCAGCACCCCCUCAGCCAACCUGCCUGGGGCAGCAGCGUGGCCAACACCCCCUCACCUGUAGCAGCUGGAGGCGACAAGUCGCCCACCGUAUUCCGCCUUCCUCCCCCACCUGCUCGAGUGCACGACCGGUUGUCCUCUGGACACGGUGGCAGCCGCAGGGAGGGCGGCUCAAACGGCAGGAGGCGCCACAGGAGGCAGAGGUGUCAGCAAGACGCCACCGCCGUAGAAAGUGACACGUCUCUCUCCAUCCCGUCUGUUGACCACGAGGAGCUGGAGCGCUCCUUCAGCGGUUUCAGCAUCUCUCAGGCCAAGGAGGACUUCUUCGGGCCUUCUUUCUUUACAGGCUCAUUAGCGGGCGUGACAGGGACCGAAGCUGGAGCCGGACCAUCAAUCUGUGCCAGGGUCAGACCUUUUAUAGCUGAAGGGGAAUCAGAUACGGACUCUGACCUGUAYGCUCCUUCACCUCUGUCCUUCACUGGAGAGCUCUCAUGUGGAGAGAAGGGAUGGCCGGGACUGAAGUAGGUCAGGGAGGUUUUCUCAGUUGAGACUUGUGGCGACAGACCAGUGCCAACGCGAGAGCCUUCAUUAGACCUUCCAGCCAACUAACUCAUCGUCCAAUAUUACAAAUCAUUUUAGGUUAAACAAAUUCAUACAAAAGAUACAAAAAACAUGAUCAAAUAGAAAAAAAAAUCCCCAAAAGUUUACUUUUGCCUCACAAUUUAUGAUUACAAACCAACAAUUCACAAGCUAUCCUUAAUUUUUCUUUUUACAUUAMAAGAUUUUGGAUAAGUAGAAAAAAGAGGAUUGUUGUUUAACUUUUUAUUCCAAAUAGUACACGCGUUCAAGGUCUUURUAUGUUAAAAAACACUUCAGCAGACAAAUGGGAGUUUGUAAUGCAACGUUGUGAAAAUCUUAUCACUUGUUUAGCAYACUGUCUUGAAAACCUCUAUAUCUUUGAAUGACUUGAGGUGUUACGAUGCCAAACCCUUAGCUAUCCGUUAGAUUCUUGCAGAGUAAAAAAAGGCUUGCUUCUUCUCCUUCUUCAAAAAAAAAAACUCCCCUUAAAAA